CACACGUCCUUUAUAGGAGAGCUGUCCCGGUCAUCAGGUGCCCACUGGCCCGAAGGCAGAGAGGAUGCUGCAAGUACACAUAGUGAGCUUACACCCGCAUCAAACCCUGAGCAUUGGAUGGAUGAAGAGGCGCAGGAGUGUUCGUUUGCGCAUGAUGUCUCGUUUGCGCAUGAUGGCAAUGAUCGCUACUUGCACGAACAAGAACCACCAAAUGCCGAGGAGGGAGCACCAAAGAAAACUGGGCCAUUCUCACAGCUCAUUGGCCGCAGCCAAAAGUGGCUCCGCCUGGAUGAGGAAGUUGCGCUUGCUGGAGAUGAAGUAUCUGUUUAG